ACAUCACUAACUCAGACACACAAAACGGUGGAACCAUGGCGUACGCUUAUCUCUUCAAAUACAUCAUAAUCGGAGAUACAGGGGUCGGAAAGUCCUGCCUGUUAUUACAAUUCACAGAUAAACGAUUUCAACCCGUCCACGACCUCACCAUCGGUGUAGAAUUUGGAGCGCGGAUGAUCACUAUAGAUGGGAAACAGAUCAAACUUCAGAUUUGGGACACGGCUGGACAGGAAUCGUUCCGCUCCAUCACCAGAUCUUACUACAGAGGAGCUGCAGGAGCGCUGCUCGUCUACGAUAUCACCAGAAGGGACACCUUUAAUCACCUGACCACCUGGUUAGAAGACGCUCGUCAACAUUCCAACUCCAACAUGGUCAUCAUGCUGAUCGGAAACAAGAGUGAUCUGGAGUCGAGGCGAGAGGUGAAGAAGGAGGAAGGAGAAGCUUUCGCUCGGGAACACGGACUCAUCUUCAUGGAGACCUCAGCUAAAACUGCAUCCAACGUAGAAGAGGCCUUUAUUAACACAGCUAAGGAGAUCUACGAGAAGAUCCAGGAGGGCGUGUUCGACAUCAACAACGAGGCGAACGGCAUUAAGAUCGGACCGCAGCACGCUGCCACCAACGCCACACUGACCAGUGGACAGGGGGGGCAGCAGGCCGGAGGAGGCUGCUGCUGAAUCACCACUUCUGCCCUCUUCUUUUACCCCCCCGUCCCCCUCCUCCGGUCCACUCUUACCCCCCCGACCCUCCUCUUUAUUCUUUAUGUUUGUACUGGACUGGUCACGCUCACUAAUCUUUUUCUGAACUUCUGGAUCCACUUUAAUCGUUAUUAGAUAUUUAAUGAAGCUGAUGAGAGCGGCUCGGCUCCCGAGAACCUCCUGCAGCUCCAUGACUGACUGACUGACUCGGGGGCGAGCUGCAGGAGGUUCGGGAGGGACCGGUCGGCUCCUCGUUAGGCCCGAACGAACCCACGCUGGUGAUUAGCCCGUCAUGUUUGUGUUUUUUUGUUUUGGUUUUUUUGUGCCCUGUUUUGACUUUGAGCUGAACUGUAUUAAACACUACAAAGUCACGUCUAGUAUUUUAAUCGGUCUGUGUGGGCGGAGCCUGUGAUAAUGAGUGGGCGUGGAGUGUUUCGGGCGGGGCCGCCGUGAGACACGCGGCGGAUACGGAAGUGAAGAAAUGAGAAAUCAGAACUGUUUUAAAUCUGUAUUUAUCAUCGACACUCUGUAUAUAUCGAUCUCAUUUCUUGCUUUGAUGUAGCAGCUAGAAUAAAAUUUGGACUUUGGAUUCUAUACUGUAACUGUAGAGCUUCGGAAUGCGACAGUAUUGCUACAUGAACCGCUUCAGCGCCGUUUUUAGCUUUUACUGCGUGCAUUCUUUUACGUUCCUGCUUUCCCUCGGCCUCCCGCGGCGCUUCUCUCUCGUGUAUAGUAACUGCCUCUCCAUCCAUUGUGUACCUGUUUUAAUGCCAAAUUUGUGUUUUCCUGCGUUUAACCCGCCGCUCUCGGAACCGGACCGCCCGCCCGUCGUCCGCCUUAAACCAUUUCAGAACGUCAGACUGGUUUCGGUCCUGUGGUGCAUGUGAGACCUUAAAAAACCUCCACGUGUACAGGAAGCGUUUCCUCUCAGCCUGUCCGGCACGGCGUCCGGUUCUGACGGGUGACCGUUUCGUCCAUUGUGUACGAGGGGGGUGUGUGGUGAACAGCCAAACUGAAGUAACGUUGUGACCCUCGACUUUAUUUGCUGUGUUUAUCAAAUGAAAUGCUAUCACAAUAAAACAUGAUAAACUCC